AUGGAGGAAUCGAAGCCGGUCCGCAUGUCAUACCUAUUUGCCUCGGAGGCUGUCAAACUUGUGCUACCAAAGCCUGCUACUGUGAGUCAAUGUGUGCCCACUCGGGCGAAUUUGGAUGCCGAUAAAGAUCAACGGAAAUUAUUUGGAUCGCAUAUCAGAAUACGGGGCUCGCUGCUUGAUAGACCCGGCACAGUACAGAUCGAUCUAAAAGACAGCAACAGUCGAAAACGGAGGUCGCAGAAGCGAUCUAGCGCGCCUUUGGAGAGAAGACUGACAAAAGAGGAGGAAGAACUGUUGUUUGCAUGCUACGACUGGGAAAGCAAAGUGAUCUGGGACAUUGACUCUGAUUCAGAAAUGGAGAAUGGCGCUGCUGAUCUCGCUACGAAGAAGCUAAAGACAACAACAAUAAACACAUCCGUCGACGACGAUAUAUACUGGAUCGAUGAAGAAGAUUAUGUCGACGGCAUCGAUGACGAGGCAAUCUUGGAGGGCAACCUGGACGAGCUUGCCAACAGAGUUGUCUUGGACCUCAAUGACCCACAGCUGCUAGUCUAUACUGCUCAACGAAGAGAUUAUGCAAAGAGGGAACUGCGAACGACUGCCAUGCGCGAGGAAUUGUUCCAAAAACGAUACAACGUCUCGAACGAUCAGGCUUACGACUUGCUGAAAGAGAAUUAUCAGUCUCGUGUCAGGGCUACUGUUGGAAACCUUACGAUCGAUCAUGCGAUGCCUGCUCUGCGACUACAGUCACCUUACUACAAAGUCAAGCUCUCGAAAUCACAAGCCCGCUCGUUCCACAGACCGAAUCUUGUCGUCCGUCCAAACACUGUCAUCCAUUUCUCGAAGACGCGUCACCGGAAAAAGAAGAAAGACAGAGGCAAAGAUCUGCACGAGAUCCUGGCCACUUCCAACGACCUCUCGCUGUGCGAUGGCUGCAAUUUUGUGCUGCUCGAGUACGCCGAGGAGCAUCCUAUAAUCAUGUCAAACUACGGUAUGGGAAGUAAGAUUCUCAAUUACUACCGCAAGAAAAACGACGAGGAUGAGUCAAGACCGAAGCUUAGUAUCGGCGAAGCCUAUGUGCUGAAUUCGCAAGAUCGCAGUCCGUUUUGGAAUUUUGGGUUCGUGGAUCCCGGCGAGACUGCGCCUACGCUGUAUAAUCGCCUCGUCCGGGCGCCGUUAUAUAAACACGAGCCCUACAAGACUGAUUUCUUGAUGAUUCGUGGAACUGGCGGUGGCAACCCGGGGCAAAAGUACUUUUUGAGAACGAUUCCGCAUUUGUUUACGGUUGGGCAGACGUUCCCAGUCACUGAGGUCCCUAGUCCGCGGUCGCGAAGAGUGACCACUGCCAGCAAGAAUCGAUUAAAGAUGAUUGUGUAUCGCGUUUUACACAAGUCUGAUAAGGAGAGGAUUCUCGUAAAGGGGAUAUCUCAGCAUUUCCCAGACCAGAAUGAUAUGCAGAAUCGCCAGCGACUGAAGGAGUUUAUGGAAUAUCAGCGGACGGGAGAAGAUCAAGGAUUUUGGAAGAUCAAGCCGACGGAUACGCUUCCCAAUGAAGAUGGGAUCAGAGGGAUGGUUACCCCGGAGGAAAUCACGUUGCUGGAGACUAUGCAGGUCAGUCAGCAGUUCCUCGAGGACCAAGGCUAUGGCGGGGGCAAGGACGACGAUGAACAACACGAAGGCAUGAGUACGGAAGAAAAACUUGCUCCCUGGAUCACGAGCAAGAACUUCAUCAACGCGACGCAAGGAAAAGCCAUGCUUGAGCUGCACGGCGAAGGAGACCCGACAGGCACAGGUCUUGGCUUCAGUUUUAUACGGACGUCGAUGAAAGGAGGAUUCAAGGCAGCAGCGGGAAGCGUGACCGAGCAGCCGGUCGACAAGUCGAAGCUGGGAGGACAUAGCUACAAUGUUGCGCUCCAGCAAAAAGCAUAUGAGGAGGAAAUCCGGCGGAUUUGGAACGCGCAGAAGGCGGAUCUGUCUGCGGCAAAGUGA